UGCAUAAUAAAUAGAGGGGAAAAUAUGGCUACCUAAGUACGAAAUGGAUGAUACUAUAAUUUAUCGACGGGUUAUUUUAAUGGUAGCGUAGGUCUAAUUACUCAAAACUGAAGUCAUGGCAUCUAUUUCUGUCUCACCGCCAAGUGUCGAAGAAUUACAAAAUGAAGUUGAACGGCUGACUAAAGAGCUAAGUGAAACCACUACGGAAAAGUUACAAGCAGCCGAAUACGGACUGGCAGUUUUGGAUGAAAAGCAACAACUUCAGCAACAGUAUGAAGAUCUUGAGGCUCAUCUGGAAGCAACUCGACAGGAAUUGGAAUGUGCUAAGGAGGCUUUGAAGAAACAUCAGAGUACUUUUAAAAAGCACCAUGAGAGUGGUGUGCACCAGGAGGAAAAGUUCUUGGAAGAAACUGCUCAGAGAGAAGAAAAUUACCAGACAUCUAUCACGGAACUGGAACAAGAUCUGAAAGCUACUCGCAGUAAUUUUCUUCGGGUGACUGGUGAAAAUGAACGCCUUGCCUCAGAAAUAGCUGAAUUAAAUCACCAGAUUGAAACCCUGGAAAACCAAAGACAACAGAUGCGCCAUGAUUUGCGUGAAUUCAAAAUUCGUGAGAACCGAAAUUUAAGUGAUUAUGCAGAAUUAGAGGAAGAAAACAUCUCACUUCAGAAACAGGUUUCCCAACUGAAACAAAAUCAGGUGGAGUUUGAGUCAAGUAAACAUGAAACUCUUCGACUGCAAGGAGAGUUGGAAGAUUUAAAUAUGCAACUGGAUGAACUUGCUGGCCUUAAAGCCAUAGUAGAAAAAAAAUUAGAGGAAGCUCUGUCUUCACUGGCUCAAGAAAGGGAGCAAAAGCACAGCUUGAAGAAAGAGUUAGACCAGAGAAUAACUCAGGAGUCCAUGUUCAAUCUCAGUAACUUGGCUCACUUGGGUGGUCUCAGCGAGGGUCUCAAUUUUAAUAGCCAUCAUGAUCACGAAGAUGACAUGGAUGGCAGUGUUCACCCAGCUUUAAAGAGAAUAGAAGCAGACUUCUCAUUUCCAACUAAAAAGAAUUCCAUUGAUGGACCAAGACCUGGUACAGUUGGGGAUAUUCUGAGUGAGAUCCAGAUAACUGAGGUGGGCAAACUGGAAAGUUUGUUGGAGCAAUCAGAAGGUGAGAAGAUGGAGCUACAGAAAGCUUUAGAUGAAGCAAGGAAGUUGAUAGAGGAGACCCAGAAAGAUCUGAUUGAACAGAAGGAAAGAGCAGACCAGCUCAAGGCCACAAUUUCUCAUGUAGCGGCUUUGCAUGAAAGGCAAUUAUUACCCAAUGACUUACAGGUAUCCUAUGAUGAAGGACUUCUGGCAGAAAUUGCAGGAGAGACAGAUCCAGAUAAAAAGGCUCUUCUAGAACUCAAGCAGAACUUACAGCAUAAUGAAAAAAAGUAUACCACUGCCAUCAGAGAAAUAGGAAACUUACAAGCAGAAAUAAGUAGGCUGCAGAGUCGAAAUGCUAUUGUUGGCAACCCAGAUAUUGAACAGGCACUAGCUGAGCUGAAAAACAAGUGUGACUUGUAUGAACGGACCAUCAGAGAUCAGGAGAGUGAUCUGAAAUCUGCAACACAUGCAGCAGGCAUGGCAAAGAGCAGCCUAGACAAUCUUCAAGGGGAAUUGAGCAGCAUAACAGAAGACCUUGCUCAGUUGUACCAUCUGGUGUGUCAGGUGACUGGCGAGACACCAUCCCGAGUCAUGUUGGAUCAUGCCAAAGGUGGGGUUGUUAGAGGGGAGAGAGAGCCCAGCGAAGAAUCUUCUCCAGCUGUUGAAAAUAAAUCUGUGAUAUUGAAUAGCCAGGAGAAUAAAGAUGAAGUUGCUGUAAGGAAAAGUGAAGAUAAAGCCAGGUCAAGUCCAAGCAAGUCAGACCCUACCUCCUGUUCAACCUUGUCUGAAACUAUUGUUGAUCAAGUGAAGUUCUUACGCCGUGCUAUUGAGUAUUUAAUGGAAACUUCCAAACAGUGGCAGAAACAAGGCAAUGAUGGUGGGGAGGAAAAUGGAGAUGAUGAUCGUCAUGAACUACAGGAACAGGUUGUUAAACUCAAGGCAAUGCUGUCUACAAAACGUGAGCAGAUAGCCACCCUCCGAUCAGUUCUAAAGGCCAACAAAUCAACAGCUGAAGUGGCGCUGGCCAAUCUGAAACAGAAAUAUGAAAAUGAAAAGGUUAUUGUGACAGAGACAAUGAUGAAGCUGAGAAAUGAACUCAAGUCAUUGAAAGAAGACGCCGCCACUUUUGCAUCUUUGAGAGCUAUGUUUGCUCAGCGCUGCGACGAAUAUGUCACCCAGCUGGAUGAGAUGCAGAGGCAGCUCUCUGCUGCUGAAGAGGAAAAGAAAACUCUCAACUCUUUGUUACGCAUGGCUAUCCAGCAAAAGCUAGCUCUUACACAACGGUUGGAAGAUCUGGAAUUUGACAGGGAGAGAAGAAAUAUAACUACAAGGCGACAGGGUGCACCCAGGAAUCCUAAAAUGAGCAAUUCAAAGUAUACCUCAGCAUCAGCUCAGCACCAACAACAAGAAGAGCAAUCUGGCAGCCAUUACAGGCGCCCUUAUCAUAACUUUCGCAGAGAUUAUUAGUAUAAGGUCUCUGCUGUGGUAGGAGGGAGCUGAUGUCAUGUAGCCCAGGAAGUUGCAGUAGUCAACCAAUGACAACCAGCAUCACAGAGGACCGCAUGUAACAUUUUAAUGUUUGACACAUGCAUUCCAUGAUGAAUCAGCACUUGUAUUCUGCUAUUGAGUAACUGUAUGGAUAUCUCAGGAACUGCUGUUGGAUGACUGUGUGGAUAUAAAUCGGAUCAUACUUUUUUUUUAGAGCUGAUAAACUUUUAAAAAUCUUUUUAAAAUGUUUUUUUAUUCGAGUCUAUAUAUAAAGCAAUGUAUUGGGAUAGAAAGGGACAGAUGUAACCAUUAUAUUAACAUGUAGGAUGUACAGUUUCUGGCUCUCCUAGUGUGUUCUAGUGACUUCAAGAAAUGAAAGACAGACAAAAAAUGCUUUUUAAACUGCUAACAAUCAAACUUAGCAUUUACUCCUUUACUCAUUAGAUAUUUUUUUAAUUAGCAUUUUUUACAGGGAGCAUGUGCAAUGGUUUUAGUGAGCAUGCUAUUUACAAACAUCAUUUUCAUCAUCCUUUUCCACAUUGGAAAAUUUUAUGCGCUGAUAUUGAAAAAUUUUAGUUAAUGACUGUAAAUAGAAUGAUUUACCAUGCACUAGAUCAUAUCACACUCUUUAAUGUCUUUCAUUUGCUUACUCUUGCAUAAUUGUACUACUAUUUAUCACUAGUUGUGUAUGCGUCACGUUUUUGUUUAAAAACUAUGUGUAUAGUUUUAAUGUAAGUAUUGUGCUUGUACUCUUAGGUAUGAUAUUCUUUGUACAUCUACUUUGCCUAGUUAUCUGGCCAUUCUAAUUUACACAAGCUAAAUAAACUGGUCAACCUA